AUGGAUGGUAAAUCCUUCAGAGUUGCAAUGCCCUCAACCUCCGGACCCUCCGGAUCCACCGGAUCCGACUCUCUUGUGACGCCUUACCUUCUAUCCAGGUCACUCUCCGCUCGUUAUAAACGUUCUCACCCUCCAUCGAUGCGAUAUCAGUGUAUAUGCAGAGGAAACAAAGCUUUCUCCCCUCGUUGGAAAUAUAUCUCAGAUGAAACUCCGGUGAUGCUCAGAUCAGUAUCCGUCGCGAUUAAAACUGGUCGAAUUCUUCUCGGUCAACUUCUGCAAACACCCUGGACGGAGGAGUCACCACUCUUCUCUCCCGACGUGUCUCCUCAGAUCCAGAAAUCCUCAAGUUUGGGCCUGGCCCAGUUUGCAUCAUAA